AUGGUGCGUGGGUUUGAGGACCCCUCCCCCCCCAGCUACACUCCGACUCCAGCAUCCCCAAUCGCGGAGGGGGAGGGGGAAACAGCCACCUCACUCACCGGCCGCCGCCAGCAGCGCCUCGGUAACCAGGAAGCGCGGGGUGCGCUGGGAAAGGUAGUUCAGCGUGAGGCCUGGAGGCGGCAGGAACUACAAGUCCCAGGAACCCUCACGGGGCCUUGGCUUAGGAGGAGUCCCGGGACUGGCGGAUGGAGGAGGAGAGCGGACACGUGCGUCCGUGUAGUUAGUGGUUGGGGCAGGACCUGGAGCUGCGGGACACGGCGGCGCUGCCUCUUCCCGCGGCCAUUUCUCAUUGGCUGGUACAAGACCUCCGGGGCGGGGUCUCCGAGCUCUUCGCGGGCCUCUGCGGCCGAGAUGGAGGAAGACGGUCCUAGCUUUAGGAAGGAGCUGGUAAACAAGUUGCUGUUCUUACACUUUAAGAAUGACAGAUGCAAAGUCAGUGCAGAUGCUCUGCAGCUCAUGGUGGAGAUGUUGAAGAUCUUUGUCCGAGAAGCUGCAGCCCGAGCGAUAAGACAGGCCCAGGCUGAAGACCAGGAUAAAGUUGACAUUGAACAGCUUGAGAAGGUGUUGCCCCAGCUGCUUCUUGAUUUUUAGAAGCAGCAGCGAUGGAGAAGAUGAAGGCAUUAGAUCAAGCUGAGCUACCUGAACCUUUUCAAUCCGUCUGCCUGCCUCUUAACUGUUCCAGGACAGGGCAUCAACCUCAUACCAACAUUUUGGGUGGUGUCUUAUUUCAGUGAUAAGUCCUAAGAGGCCAGAUUAUAUUUACUUCCUGACAUGACUGAACCAAACUAAACAGAAAGUCUGUAGCUGCUGUCUCCCAGAGAAUUUCUACCACAGUCACUUAGCAUCAGGAUGAGGGUCCCUUUCUUUCCCCUCUGCCUCAGUUUGCAGAAUAAGGAAGCCUGUGUGGUGUCUUCCUGGAAGUAGUACAAGGUGGGAGGUGAGGAAGGAGGAAAGGGAUAGUGGAUGAAAUACUGGGAUCAAGGUAAGAACUAAGAGGGGGCAAGCCAGGUCACGCUGGAAUGAAGUGAGGUGCUCUAGUUUCCAGCACACUUGGAUUUCCUGCCCUAGGGGCUACUCAGUUAAAAAUCAAGAUGCUGGGGCUGCCAUCCAUUCUUAGCUCUCUGGAAAACCAAGGCUGUAUGCACAUGGGGCUGAGGAGUUACCAACCCCCUGACUUAUCUCCUGGCAGCCUCCCAGCUGUGGCCCCAAGAGGAGCUCCCCAAGCCCUCCACAGAGCACUGAGCUCAGCGCCAGGUACCUCAUCUUUAGUUUAUACACAAACAGAGAGCCUGGUGCUUGCCUCCUCCCAACAUUCUUGCUGCCGUCUGACAUCAAAGCUAGUUUGUAACCUUUUAACCAUUUGAUAUUCUCCUCAGAAGCUGCUUCCCUGAGCUAUAAAUUUGUUCUCACAAAGCAACAUCAAUAAAUCAAAACUGUCUCCCUCCCUG